AUGACAAUCUGUGACCUUCAACUUCGGCUGAAUUUGACUCAUGCCAAACCAGCCCACCAGCAGCCUGAGAUGAACAGCAAGGAUGGGAUGGGGCUGGGUGGGUGUAACCCAGGGCCACCAAGGCCGUACGACCUGGGAUGGAACUGGAGCAUCUGUGGCUGGACUUCAGCUGCUGGUGAAGGCAGCUGCUGGAGGCACAGAACUCUGGACCGAUUCCUUUCUCGCUCCUCCCUCUCCCCUUCCUCGUUCCCUCAACCCCACCUAAGUUUUGCAUCGAACUCCAAUUCCCUGAACCUCCCUGGGGUGAGUGGACAAGGUCUUUGGUUAUGCUCUGAGUCAAUGAUUUGGGGAGGAAAAUUAAAGAAUGAAGUGACCGAGGCCAUGCGUUGA